AUUGGAUCUUUGUCGUCGCGAAAGGGUAUUUCAAACACAUGUGGGAGAUGAUGCAAUUAAAAAGAUUUUAGAACUAAUACAUACUCUUUUCAUCUAUGUAUCAAGAUUAAAAUCAGUUGGUGAUGGCACAAAGAGUGGAAGCAAUAGGCAGCACAGAAGGGUUUACAUUUGAUGAUGGAUCUGAUCAUGACGGUGUUUCCAAGAUAUUUGUUGGAGGUGGUCUUCAAGGCAUUCAUUACAUGGAGUUUGAAUAUGUAAAACAUGGACAGCUGAAAUUUGGAGUACUCGUUGGUCGUCGGCAUAAAGGUUUCACAGAGACGUUUGAGAUUAAUCAUCUCAAAGAUGAAUAUCUUGAAUCUGUUGAGGGUUACUACGACCACGAAUCCGGUUACAUUCAAGGACUUCAAUUCAAAACAAAUUUCAGGAUAUCAGAAUUGAUUGGAUAUGACAAGGGUCACAAGUUUAAACUUGAAGUCAAGGGAAAGCAUAUCAUUGGCUUUCAUGGAUAUAUGAGCAACAGAAACAUCAUCUCCCUUGGAGCAUAUUUCACUUCCACUCAUCCUAAUAGAUCAGAAGCCAAAGGCAGCAAGGGAGGCCAUCAGUGGGAUGAUGGAGCUGACCAUGACGGUAUAACAAAGAUUCAUGUACGAGGUGGUUUUGAAGGUAUUCAAUACAUUAAAUUUGAUUAUGUCAAGAGUGGAAAACACCAUGAUGGAUACAUCCAUGGUCUCUCGGGUAGCGGUUUCACGCAGACGUUUGAGAUUGACCAUCUCAACAAUGAACAUCUGGUAUAUGUAGAGGGUUACUACGACGAUGUAUCUGGUGUUAUUCAAGCACUUCAGUUCAAAACAAACAUCAAGACUUCAGAUGUUUUGGGAUACGAAAAGGGUAAGAAGUUUUCACUUGCAUGCAAAGGUAAAAAAGUAAUCGGCUUUCAUGGAUAUGCUGACAAGAAUCUCAACUCUCUUGGAGCGUAUUUCACAACGGUUUCUCUUACCAAAUCACAAUGCCACGGUGGUUUGUAUGGCAUUGAUUGGGAUGAUGGUGUUUUCGAAAGCAUAAGAACAGUGUAUGUCGGUUAUAAUAGCACAAACAUAAACUGUAUCACGUUUCACUACCAUAACCGCACAGUUGUAGAGCGUCAACAUGGUUGGCGGUGGGAGAGUAUACAACAAGAUGGAGAAGAUCAAGAAGAAGAAGAGUUUGAGCUAGACUAUCCAAAUGAAGUGAUCACAUAUGUGGAGGGGACUUACAAAAGAUUUGGGCCUGGCAAGGUGAGGGUUACCUCAUUGGUUUUCAAAUCAUCUGAAGGGAGAACCUCUCCGACAUUUGGAAUCGUGUCUGGUACCAAAUUUGUGUUGGAGAACAAAGGUUGUGCUGUGGUAGGGUUCCAUGGACGACAGGAUGAUCGUGAUCUUGUUGCUAUUGGAGCAUAUUUUUCUCCAAUGCCUCCUCCUACCGCAGAGAAACUACGACCACAAGGUGGUCUUCGAGGAGAUUCAUGGGACGAUGGUGUUUUUGAAGGUGUUAGAAAGUUAUACGUAGGGCAAGAUGACAAUGGUGUUGCAUUCCUUAAGGUUGUGUAUGGAAAGGACACUAAGAUGGUUAUCGGUGAAGAUCAUGGACACAAAACACCACUUGAUGUCAAAGAGUUUGAUAUCGAAUAUCCAAGUGAAUACAUUACGGCCAUUGAUGGUUGUUACGACAAAGUAAUUGGAAGUGAAGUCGAAGUUAUCACUAUGCUUAGGUUUACGACGAACAAACGAACAUCUAGAUCUGUCGGAUUCGAAUCUACCUCAAGCUUUGUCCUCUACAAAGAAGGCUACAAAAUUGUUGGAUUCCAUGGAAAAUCAAGUAACAUGAUUAAUCAACUUGGGGUCCAUGUUGUGCCCUUCACCGAGUGAUUACCUUCUAAUCUCUUAUGCUCUCUUGAAUUGAUUGUACAAUAACUAUUAUCGUGCAAUCAGGACCGGUUCUGGACCAAACGAAAUGAAACAUUUUUUUUGGCCUUCAAAAUUUUUUAAAUUUUUAAUAUUGAAAACAAG